AUGGAGACAAACAUUUUAAUCACUGGCGCGGCUGGUUACAUGUCAGAAGAACAAGCAAUCGCCUUGUCGAAACUGGAAAUCACCGUGCUUCAGUUAGACUUGACCAACGAAAACGCCGUGGUUGAAAGUAUCCUGCGCCACAAUGUCGGCAUUGUCAUCCACACCGCGAGCAGCUUGAACACGGAUAUAGCCCUUCAUCUGGUGACUGCACUCGCCAAACAGAAGGAAGUCAGCAAACAAGAGACAUACAUGAUCCACACCUCGGGAGAGAGCGCGUUCACCACAUCCAGUGGCUGGCCACAUGGCGAAACAAACGACGCCGGCCCAUUGUUUGAGACUGAAAAGGAGCUCGCCGAUUCUUACCCGCUCCGAAAGACGGAUGUCUCGGUCAUCGAGCAUGCGAAGGCGACAGGGGUGACCAGCUUCAUCGUCAUACCUCCCAUGGUUUAUGGCAAAGGCAGUGGCCAGUGGAAUCAGCUCUCCGUGCUGUUGCCGGUCUAUGUUCAAGGCAGCAUCUCUGCCAAGGCAGUGCGAAAAUUCGCCAACGACGGGACGGUGUCAGCCGUACACAUCUCGGACAUUGCUGUCUUCUAUGAGAAGAUGGUGGAGAAGAUUCUUCUGAAAGAGCCGAUCCCAAGCGGUGAAAAGGGGUACUACUUUGCCAAAGCCCACGAUGUUCAAUGGUGGGAGGUGUUCGAUCAGUUGGCUGUGGCCCUUGAGGCUCGUGGUCUUGCGACCAACUCGACAGUGGAAACUUGGCCAGAUGAUGAGACAGCGGCGAAGGUACUGGGUGUACCUGUGCAGUUUGUGUCAAUUCUGUGGCAAUCAGUUUCACAUAUGUUCGCGGUGAACAAGCAAGAAAUCGGAUGGGAGCCGGUCUGGGACAAGGAGCGGCUGUUGACCAACAUCGACGAUGAGAUAGAUGCCGUUUUGGAGCUUGGGCAGGCGAAGAGCAGCCUCGUUGCCUCAUUGUUUGAUGCUGCCAAAGGAUAG